UCCGUUCCUUCCACUACCAACCAACAAUGCAUCAGUUUGCCGUCAUCGUUGUUUUCGCCGCCGUGGCUUUCGCAGCCGAACUUCCGUAUCCGAAACCAUCUGGUUAUCCCGCUCCGAGUUACGACAAGGAGCCAUUGAUGCCGUACAAUUUUGGCUACACUGUCAAGGAUGACCCAACUUACAACAACUUUGCUCAUCAAGAGACGGCUGACACGAAAGCUGUAACUGGCUCUUACCGCGUUGUCUUGCCCGAUGGCCGCACUCAGGUUGUUACCUACAAAGCUGAUGAGUACGGUUACGUCGCCGAUGUGAAAUACGAGGGAGAAGCUAAGUAUCCCGAAUACAGCAAACCUGCUUACAAGCCAGCAGCAUCCCAGAGCUACGGACAGUGAAUUUUUAUCUGAAAAUGUCGGUGUUUUUCCCCUAUGCUACAUUUAAAAUUUAGUCUGUAAUUAAUCUGAGAAAAUUAUCUCACAAAAAUACGCUCGAUCUCUUGAUCAUCCCCUUGAACAACAACCUGGAACGCGUCAUAUAGAUUUCAUAAAUAAAGAGAUUUAACAUUCAAA